UCGCAUGCACACUUCUGGGCUUGCCUUCCAUGAUGAUGCUGACCAAAACCCUCAUGCCUUUAACGAUGCUGUCGUGCUGCAGCUUGCUGAUCCUCUCCGCGUCCCUCGCCGGAGCCUCCCUGGCCGAGAUGGUGUUCCGCUGCCCGGGCUGCACCGCGGAGCGUCAGGCUCUGUGCCCGAGGCUUACAGAGACCUGCGCGGAGAUAGUGCGCGAGCCGGGCUGCGGGUGCUGCCCCGUGUGCGCCCGCCAAGAGGGCGAGAUGUGCGGCGUGUACACCCCGAGGUGCGCCACCGGGCUGCGGUGCUACCCGACGCCCGACUCGGAGCUGCCGCUGGAGCAACUGGUGCAGGGCCAGGGCCAGUGCCGGCGCAAAGUGGACACCGAGACGGCCACGUACAGCCAGGAGCAGCGGGAGCAGACAAGCGGUGAAGCCGUGGAGCCGCCGCCCGAGCAGGGCGUGAGCGAGAUCCCGGCCAUCCGAAAGCCCAGCAAAGAGACCACGUGGCUGGGACCCAAAGAGAGCGCCGUACGCCAGCACCGACAGGAGAUGAAGACCAAGAUGAAGACCAACAAGGUGGAGGAGGUGAAACCGGCACGGCCCAAACAGACUCAGUGUCAGCAGGAUCUGGACCAGAUCCUGGAGAGGAUAUCCAAGAUGCCCUUCAGAGAUAACCGAGGUCCUCUGGAAGACCUGUACGCCCUGCACAUCCCCAACUGCGACAAGAGGGGGCAGUAUAAUCUCAAACAGUGCAAGAUGUCUCUCCACGGUCAGAGGGGCGAGUGCUGGUGCGUCAACCCUCACACCGGCCGACCUAUCCCAUUAGCCCCCACUGUGCGGGGCGACCCCAACUGCAGCCAGUACCUCAGAGAGCUGGAGCUGGAGCUCCCCGACAUGGCCCAGAUAUAAUGUGGCACGAAACCAAAGAAAAAAAAACAAACUGUAAAGUACUUGGGAACAAAAAAAAAAACAAAACAUCUGAGUAAGCUAUAUAUUAUCUCUCUGUGUGUAUGUGUCUCUAGUUCAUUUGAUGACAUUUUGAAAUCUUAACCACCAAAAAGGAUUAAAUGAUAGAAUCCAGCUUGCUGCGUAGGAUGUAACGGCAGAUUAUUUUGUAGGAGAAGCACCGAUAAGACUAGCUGUUCAGUCGGCUGGAGCGUUUGCUUUACUAAUUUGUGACUUUGCUCUGUGUUUUGUACUGUAUGUGUUGAACAAUGGAAAGCCUUCAACAUGUUUUUAGGUGUGUUUUCGUGUAGCUUGCAGACUACUGUUACGCCUCAUUAACAGAUUAUUAAAAUGGUAAUAAAUUCAA